AUGGAUAUUAUAUUAGGUAUAAAGCUAAAUGAUUGUGUCAUAUUAGCUUCCUCUAAAGCAGUCACUAGAGGUAUCACUAUUUUGAAAGAUUCCGAUGAUAAAACGAGAGAACUAUCGCCACAUAUAUUAAUGAGUUUUAGUGGUGAGGCUGGUGAUACAGUACAAUUCGCAGAAUACAUCCAAGCAAACAUUCAGCUAUCUUCGAUUAGAGAAAAUUAUGAAUUAUCCCCACCAGCUGUGGCAAGUUUUGUCAGAAGCGAAUUGGCCAAGAGUUUAAGAAGCAGAAAACCAUACCAAGUUAAUGUAUUACUUGGUGGAUAUGACAUUAAAACUAAUAACCCAUCCUUAUAUCAGAUUGAUUAUUUAGGUACCAAAGUAGAACUACCAUAUGCAGCUCACGGUUACUCUGGGUUUUACACGUUUUCCUUAUUAGAUCAUCAUUAUAGACCAGAUAUGGAUUUAGAAAGUGGUUUACAUUUGCUAAGGUUAUGCUUGGAAGAACUAAAUAAAAGAAUGCCUAUGGAUUUUAAAGGUGUUUAUGUCAAAGUUGUUGAUAAAGAUGGUGUUAGAUUUGUUGAUUUAUAG